AUGUAGAUCUCUUUCUAAUGUGGUGUAUAUUCAGAUUUAAUUUUAGCUGAUAAAAGAGAGCCUUUAAGAAUUGUAACCACUUAAAAAAUAAUUAAAUAUUCUCCAUCAUGGACUUCCUCAUUUGAUAUUGGAAGAUUUUUAUAAAUAUAUAUAGAAAUACAAGAUGAAGAAAGUGGAUUCAUCAAAGUGAUCGGAUAUGCAAAGUUAGAAUUAAACGAGAUCAUGGGAAAAGAAUCCAUCUACAAAAUUGAUUUAGAGUACGGAAAUUAGGUAAGUAUAUUUUUAAAAUGCACCAAUCCCAACGAGAUUAUUAGAAAUUCAGUUCAAAUGCAGUCAUAAAUUUCAUGGACGAAAUCUUUGAGAACAGAACCUAUUGUAUAAAAAAGAUAUGGUAGUCCUUAACCCUGCCAAUCAAGAGCUCGUCAAGAAGUCAAAAAGGUUAAUUUGUAAGAUUUACAACACGUUAAAAACAUAUAAUUGCCAACUCAGAGCAUGCCAAAUUUAUCAGAGAGCAGAGCGAGUUUAUAAAAAGGAAGGGAAAGCUACAAUAGCAACUUUACUUAUGCUGGGUAUUCUGUAACCAAUAAGUGUUCUUAAUAUUAACAAACAGAAAAUACAGAUAACAAUAUUAAAUUCAAAUAAAUGAUUAAAGAACUUUCAUUAUUAUUAAAUGUUCCUCAAGAUUGCGAUUCCAUAGUAUAUGCUGUUUAGAAGGUAUUAUAAAAUUUCAGAUAACAAAGUGAACAAUUAAUCAAAAUUCAAUGUGAUCACUAAAUACUAAAAACAGAGUAUUAAACACUAUAUCAUCUAAAAAAUUAGAUUGAAACUAAUUAAGAAGAUUUUAAGAUGCAAAUCAAAUAGAAAUUGAAAAACUAUAAGACUUUGUUCGAAGAGAAUGUUCAAUUGAAAAAGACAUUAAAAGAAGAUUUAAAUAAAAUUGUCGAAUUGAAUCUUAAAAUAAAAGAAUUAAAAAAAGAUGAUGCAGUCCUUACAGAGGUUAAUUCUUUAAAUCAAUAAAUCAAAUUCAUAAAUUAAAGUGUUUAGUAAAGCUAAUAAGACUUUGCAAUAUUAGUUGAGGAAAUCAAUUUAAUUAAAUAAUGA